GCUGAAACUUGUGUUUUGCCUUGUGCAACAGAAUAUGUGGAGAAGGAGAUAAUUUUUGCUAAAAGAGUUGAUAUUUGCCUUAAUGUUCGUAUUUGUGAGUUUUUAGCAAGUUAAUUGUAUGAUUGUUUCUAGUACUCCCUUCAGGUACCUAGUUACACCUUCCAUGCAAAAAAGUGUUCAAAAUAAAAUAAAGAGCCUUAACUGGGAAGAAAUGGAAAAAAGCCCCUGUGUUCCUGAAAUAAGUGAUUCUGAGUUUUGUGUCCGUAUUCCUGGAGGAGGUAUCACAAAAACACUCUACGAUGAGGGCUGUUCUAAAGAAAUCCCAGUGGUGGUUCUGCUGAAAUUUGUUUCAGAAGGAGACAGUAUCCCAGAUGCAUUAGGUCUUGUUGAGUAUCUUAAUGAAUGGCUUCAGAUAAUCAAAUCACGUUGCGAUGACCCCACAGCAUCUGCCUUGCCGUGGAAAAUAUCAAGUUCUUGGCGAUUACUCUUUGGCAGUGGUCUUCCCUCAUCACUUUUUUUAAUCUGUUUUCAGUUUUAUACUUUAUGUCCCAAGAAACAUAUUACCAACUCAACUGUUAAAACAACUCCCCGACGACAGCCUAAAGCACCCCCCGCUGCUCCCCACUGUGGAGAGCCCACGCACGCAAAACUCAGCACGCCGGGGCUCAGCCUCUGCUUCCCCAGCCGCCUGCCUGCCGUGCGGGGGUCUUCUCUGCACGUCCCCCCGUUUCCGCUUCACACUCCUUUCCCCUUCCGGUGCCCCGCGCGCCGACUUCCUAAGAGAAGCAGCUCUGAGCAGCUCCCUCCUGUCCCGCCAGGCACAGGCCUGGAAGCCUCUGCCAGGCCUUUGGCCCAGGCGUCAUCCCACAGGCCAUCAGCUGUGCAGCAACAAGUGUGCAAAUGGUGA